GGGAGUCACCUGUGUGUUUCCCAUCGACCUGGCAAAAACCAGGCUGCAGAACCAGAGGAAUGGCCAGCAGGUCUACAGGAGCAUGUUGGAUUGUCUGAUUAAGACUGUGCGAUCUGAGGGGUAUUUUGGGAUGUACAGAGACGUCCCCGUGGAUUUUGAAGGCUAGCCGAUGUUGUGCAGCCAUGCUGGAGGCAAAUCAUUUAAUGGUUUACAGUACCUCUCACCUUUUGUAAUGAGGCUACAUUUUAUUUUAUUUAUGUAUUUAUUGUACUGCAUAUUUUGAAGGGUCCAUCUUUCUUCCUUCCUUCCCACUCCCUGCUCUCACCCUCAUCUCUCAGCUGUCUUUCCAUUCCUUGCCCAUUUGUUUUAACAUUCCCCUCUUGUUUAUUUUUUUCCUACUUCAACAUUAACUGUUAUGCUCUGAUUGCGUAUCUCCGCUCUGCAUGGUGACUCUCUCCUUGACUUUUCACAAAUCUUCAGUCUUGUAUAACGGACUCCUAACCUCACAAAUUGGAUUUGAUAUAAUCUGAAACUGGUUUUUAAAACACAUUUUUUAUCUUUUUAUAUCCUAUUGUGCACUUUAAAUAUUGCACAUCUCUCUUUUUUUUUUUUUUUUAAUGGUCCGAGAUGCAUCUAUUUCUUUAUCACCUCCCCUGUUGGCUGUGUAGUAACAUCCUUAAGGAUGUCUUCACUUCAUUGUAUUGAAUCCACAUGACACUGGAAAAAGUAGUGCUCUAAUUUAAAGAUUCGUUACUUCUCAGUGGACCCUUUUAUUAAAACUUUCCCACUCCUAAACGAGAUUUAUUUCAGGGCAGAAUCUUUGCACCCCAGCUCUUACUAACUUCGUUCCCAGAGAGGCCUGUACUUUUGUCCUGCAUUGUUUCUUUCUACUAACCCUGUGCAUAACAUACCGUCCUUUUUUAGAGUGAUUGUGAAUCGUCCAUUCUUUACUGUUUCCUCCUUUCCAUUAGCUGUGUUUUUGCUUGUAAAUAUAUUAAGCAGUAAACAUGAAGUGUUUGACUAAAUCCCACCCCCCCUUUUCCUAAAUUGUGUGCUUAGAUUCGUAGCUUUUUGAAAAUGCUUGCUGCUUUUAAAUUACAACGUAUAAAUGUAUAUUUAACCCAAUAGCAUUGAACUGCAAUAAACCUUUUGUACUUGUUCAAGAACAAGUUUUUAAAAUGCCCUACAAACUGUAUAUUAGAAAUGAGGGGGUACACAAAAUGUUGAUAUCAGUGUGAGCCUGUACAGUGUGGGUCUUCGAUUUGUACUCCCUUGAAGGUAACCAUUGUGUCUUUAUGUUUUUAGGUGCUGCAGUUAACCUGACCCUGGUCACACCAGAGAAAGCAAUUAAACUGGCUGCUAAUGAUUUCUUCCGUCACCACCUUACCAAAGACGGGAAGGGGGUGAAUGUAUUCAAGGAGAUGCUGGCUGGCUGUGGUGCUGGGACCUGCCAGGUUAUUAUAACCACUCCAAUGGAGAUGCUCAAGAUCCAGCUGCAGGAUGCUGGCAGACUGGCUGCUCAGCAGAGCGCGAAGGCUCCCAUUGUAACCAGUGCUAAGCUGGCCACUACCAGUGCAGUACCCCGCCGAGCCUACAACGUGGGACCAGUUCCCCUGAAUGGGAAAGUCUCUGCCACACAGAUCGCACAGGAGCUGCUGCGAACACAGGGAGUCUGGGGUCUUUAUAGGGGUCUAGGCGCCACGGUGCUGAGGGAUGUUCCUUUCUCCAUUGUCUACUUCCCUCUGUUUGCGAACAUUAACAAGCUGGGCAAGCCGUCUGAAGAUGAGAGCGCCCCUUUCUACCACUCGUUCCUGGCUGGCUGCAUCGCUGGAUCCACAGCAGCUGUUGCUGUCAACCCCUGCGAUGUGAUUAAGACCCGUCUGCAGUCCUUGAACAGAGGAGCCCAUGAGGAAAGUUACAGUGGGAUUGUGGACUGCGCUAGGAAAGUGUUGAGGAAAGAAGGCCCCUCUGCUUUUCUGAAGGGAGCAGGCUGCAGGGCCCUGGUCAUGGCCCCUCUGUUUGGAAUCGUUCAAGUGGUCUACUUCGUGGGAGUGGGAGAACACGUCCUGAGUUACAGUCCGUACAAUGUGAUCUCUUCAUAGAGGCCUGCAUUCCCCACUUACACUCACACACAACUACAUGUACAAAGAAAAGUAUUAAACCACAACUCCCGCGGGCAGCUUUGAAUAUCUGACUAUCCAUGCGCCUGGGGACCUUUGGUUUUGAGGGGAUCUGAAAGUUGAUGGUUUGAUAGUCCAUGAUCGGUCAAGGAUGAGCUGGAGACAUGGGAGCUUGGAGGAGUGCGUUUCUGGAGUUCUCUUACCCCUAAUUAUAUUAUAGGUGCGUGUCUAUAUUUAACUAGUGUGGGGAUGUCUUCUGUAAAGGCUUUUGAGACUGGACAGGUAGAGUGGAUUCAGUUUUGAUGUUGGUGCUUUAGCAAGUAAGAGAGUAAUUCCUCCCUUUCUAAUGCACCCAGCUUUGCUGUCCUCGAUCUGAGCCUUUAGAAUGCGGACCCCCAGUUGUACCUCAGUAAGGGCGAAGACCCCUUGUUCAGUCGUCCUGCUCCUCAGGAGGGCUUGAGUCCUUCAGUGUUUGCCAUGACAGUCUGUUUCCAGGCACACUGAUUCCCAUGUCCUCCAUUUAGUGUUUAUACUGCGAGGGAACCAACCUGCCUUUCACGUCAAGCUGCUAGGACCCUGUUAUUUAUAAUGUGAACCACAGCACUUGCACAGCAUCGCUGGAAAGCAAAAGGGUUCAAUUAUUGUAAAUCAAGCUGGGCAUGUUCAUCUAAUGUGAAAGCCAUGGUAGAGCAUGGGGGGGGGGAUGGUGAAAUGAAUCGCAUUCCUGUUCGACUUUUUUACCUUCUACCUCCUGUAGAAAGUGAUCAAGGCUGAAGUUCCAACCUUUUUUUUCCUUUACCAUGGCAGUUUUAUAUUUGACUUGCUUUGUGUUUUAAGUUGAAUCUGAAUUGUGUUUUGGGACCAAAUUUAUUUAUUUUUUUAACUAAAAUGGCUUUGUGUCCUUUUGUAUAAAUUCACUUUUUUUUUUUAGAUUUGAUUCAAGUUCAAAUUGUUUUUGUAAUUUUUUUCCUGGUUGAAUCUAUGAACACAGUGGUGUAUGAAGUGUGGGGGUGGUGGGGUUAUUUCACUGUUUGAAUGUUAAUGAACUUGCUGCAGAGUUGCACACGGACCUGGUUUUUUAGCACUUGUUUUCCAAUCUAGAAAUGGGAUUCUGCUGCGGUUCCAGCAGGAUGCGUUCUGACACACAGAGUCACAGAAGAACUGACGUUUUAAACGGUUGAAAAACACUACCGUCAAACUGUAGUUGUGUUCAACAGCCAAUUCUGAACAAGCCCUACCCCAAGGGUUUAGGGCAGUGAUGGUGUAAGAACCAGUAUAUAUAUAUAUACAUAUUGUAGUAAAGUUUUUGUUUUGUAUGUUUAGGAGGCUGACAUGGGUCGUGGGUGAACAAUGUGCCACUGUGUUAAAUAUUCAUAAAGCUGUCCAGCAUCAAAGCGCUGGACUCUAAUAGCCUUGCUAGUGUUGCUUCAUGAAUAGAGUCACAGUGCAUGUCCAUGUGAAAGGCACGGGGCUCAUUCUUCGAGCUAGUAAUGUGCCACAUGGGGCUUCUAUCAGAAACCAUCAUGUGAUCCUAAGAUUCAUGUAAUCUUAACCAAGUACAGUUUACAUGAACUCUGCACGUUCCAGGUGCAGCAUUCAGUAAAUCCUCACUUCUGUAAUCUAGGCAUCCAGCUUCGUUUCACAGCGUUAUUUAAUUGUUGCUUUGUAUGGUUUGUCACGAGUGCUUUAUAUAUAUAUAUAUAUAUAUGUAAUGUAUGAAAUAAUAAAGCUGUCUUUUUGUAUA